CAAUACACCUGGAACCUUUCUGUACUGUUGUGAUUUUGCUUCAGGAGCAGUGGAUCUGGUAAAGUCACAUUCGUCCUACAAUUCCAUCCGGUGUUCUGCCUUUGUUCAUGAUGUGUGUGAUGAUGCUUCACCCUAUCCUUUUCCAGAUGAGAUCCUGGAUGUCAUUCUACUUGUCUUUGUGCUUUCUACUAUUCAUCCUAACAGGAUGCAAAGAGUUGUAAAUAGGUUGGCGAAACUACUGAAACCUGGAGGAAUGUUGUUAUUUCGAGACUAUGGAAGAUACGAUACAGCUCAACUCCGUUUUAAAAAAGGUCAGUGCUUGUCAGAGAAUUUUUAUGUACGAGGAGAUGGAACCAGAGUGUAUUUCUUUACCAAAGAGGAGGUAUGGAAGAUAUUUAACUCGGCUGGAUUAACUGAAGUACAGAAUUUAGUUGAUCGUCGAUUACAGGUAAACAGGAAGAAAAAAGUGAAAAUGCAGCGAGUCUGGAUACAAAGCAAAUUCCAAAAACCAUUGCUGCUAUCUGUGAAUAAUCCUGAAGAAACUACUGGAAGGCACCCUUAUAGAUGA